UUCCUGCCGGCUCACCCACUUGCUCUUGCUCUCUCCGUGCGUGAGUGAGUGAGAGCGAGCGCUGUUGUCUCUCUGCCACUGGCGGAUGGUGUGCUUGGGGGGGGGGCAGUUUUGUGAAUGGAGGGAAGAUGACCGCGUGAGUGAGAAUGGACAAGGAGUGCGGCGUGAGCGAGAGCGGGAGAUGAGACAGACAGAGAGAGGGAAGGAGAAAGAGAGAGAGUCUUCGUAGUCUCGGGAUCAGUGGCGUACGCUCCGCGCGAGGCUGGGGAUUCCUACAAAAUUAUGGCACACGGUGAGGAAGACCUUAUUGGGAUUCCCUUCCCAAACCACAGCAGUGAUGUCCUGUGUAGUCUGAACGAGCAGCGGCGCGAUGGUUUGCUCUGCGACGUUGUCCUGGUGGUGAAGGACCAGGAGUACCGGACCCACCGCUCUGUGCUGGCUGCAUGCAGCCAGUAUUUCAAAAAGCUUUUCACUGUGGCUACUGGCGACGGUGACCCAAGCCAGCAUGGCGUGUACGAGCUGGAUUUCGUAGCGCCCGAAUCAUUGACAGCAAUUUUGGAGUUUGCAUACACAUCGACGCUGACAGUGACGGCAUCUAAUGUGAAAGAGAUCCUGGGUGCGGCGCGGCUUCUGGAAAUCCCCUGCAUCAUCAAUGUGUGCUUGGAGAUCAUGGACACAGGAGGAGGGGGAGGAGGCACUGGGGGUGGAGAAGGAGAGGGGGAUGAGGAGGAGUAUGAAGAGGAGGAUGAAGACGAAGAGGAGGAUGAAGAGGAGGAGGACGAAAUGGUGGAAGAGGCGGAAGACGAGUCAAAAGAUGAUGAGGAUGACAUCAGUGAGCGAUCCGUACAAGCAGGUGGUCCAAACAACCAGAAAAGACAAACCGUGGGGGGAGAGAGAGGUGCAGAAAGCCCACCCUGCAGUUCUCAGCAGAAGGUCCACUCAGACAGAGCGCGCCCUGACUCCCAGAGAUGCCAUUCGGACACUCCAGACACCCUGCAGGGUGACAAACCCAGAGAGCAAGAGGGACUAGAAGGCAGAGCACUGAAAGACUUUUCCAUUGAGUCCCUUCUCCAAGAAGGGCUGUACCCAAAGAUGCCAGGGCUGGAGCGAGGGACAGGUUUCUCCUCGUUGCUUCCUGGAUUCUAUCCCCCAAUGUGGGCCACAGAUUUCCCAGGCUUCCCCCAGCUCCUGGAUCCCCAUCGCCCACCUCACCUUUACCCCUCUGCCCCUCUGGAGAGUGGACCCCUGGACCUUGCCAUAAAAAAAGAGGUCAUCAAGGAGGAGCUGAAAGAUGAUCUUCCCAACACUCUACUCCACAAAGACUUCCUCAAAGACUUCAUGAGCCCAGGGGUUGGAAUGGGCCCUGAGCCUCCACUCAGCCAGAUCAAAGACGAGGCAGACCUGCGCAACUACCUGAGCUUUCUCUCAGCAUCCCACCUGGGGACUUUGUUUCCCCCAUGGCAGCUGGAGGAAGAGCGGAAGCUGAAGCCCAAAGCGUCACAGCAGUGUCCCAUCUGCAACAAAGUGAUCCAGGGUGCGGGAAAACUACCUCGGCACAUGCGGACACACACUGGGGAGAAGCCCUACAUGUGCACCAUCUGCGAGGUCCGUUUUACAAGGCAGGACAAGCUAAAGAUCCACAUGCGCAAGCACACGGGCGAGCGGCCCUACAUCUGCCUGCACUGCAACUCCAAAUUCGUGCACAAUUAUGACCUGAAGAACCACCUGCGCAUUCACACAGGCGUGCGGCCGUACCAGUGCGAGCACUGCUACAAGAGCUUCACCCGCUCCGACCACCUGCACAGACACAUCAAGCGGCAGAGCUGCCGCGUCUCGCGCCCGCGACGGGGACGCAAGCCCUCCGCCUGGCGCUCGUCCAGCUUCCUCUAUCCUCCGGAGCCCCACACGCUUCAGGGGGAAAGGACCCUGCGGCUGCCCGCCCAUGGGCCGCCUGUGCCGGGUCAUCUGGCGGAGGUGCGCCCCCCGGUCGGGAGGGGGCUGGAGGAUUUGGACGCAAGCAGCAGGGAGAGCCUGACAGACAGGAAGCUCAUCUCAGAGGAGGUGGAGAGGAAGAGGGGGGUGUUUGCCUUCGCCCUGGCCAGGGAGGACAUUCUACCACACCCUCCCUUCUACCCUGCCACCCCUGACCCCUGGACCAUGAGACUGGAACGAGCUCCGCCCAUCCCCGAGGCCGCAAACUGAACCCCCCCAAACUUUACUUUUUUUUUUUGUUGAGCACAAACUCUUAACACCUAGCUUUAAUUUCAUUUCUUUCAGCUUCACCUGGAAUGAGAAGAAGAUUCUCACCAACGUCACAGACUCUGCAAAUCAUAUUUGAAUUUUUAGAUGUUCCUCUUUUUUUUUUUUUUUUUUUGAAAUUGUCAGCUUCCUAAUGUGAUGACAGGGAUUUGAAAUAAUCGAAAAGCGUUAAUAUCUUGGAUGUGUAUUUGUAUUUAUGAUUCUUAUGGUCGUUUCUGCUUCUGCGUUUGCUAACAAGGGUAAAUUGAAGUGGCACCUGCCCACAGACUGUUAAGUGCAAUCCAUUUUUUGUUUUUUUCCAUUCCAAAGUUUCACAGGUAAGUCAGGUAUCUAAGGGACAAAACACUUUCCACAACCUCCUUCAGAAAUAAGCUAAAGACAGUGAUGUUUGCGUCAUAUUGUGCAUUCAGACAAGCUAUUUUAACCUAUUCCAGCUUACUGUAUGUGUACGUCUAUGCAAAAAAAGAGAAAAAUGUUUAGAGAAAAAAAAAAGUGAUUUUUUUUUUUUUUGCAAAAAUACCCAGAGG